UCUAGUGUCAGUGACAAACCUUUGAAGCCGGCCGCAGGCCAACGAAUCAAAGUGCCUGGAGGGGAUAAACGAGUGGUUGUAUACACCACGAGCCUCCGGGCGGUUCGUUCAACCUUCAAUGACUGUCACACCGUCCGAUCCAUAUUACAAGGAUUCCGUGUCCCAGUCGACGAAAGGGAUCUAUUAAUGGACUCCUCGUUCUCAGACGAGAUACGAAAAAUGAUGGCUCAAAUGGGGCAAGGCAAAAGAAAGGUCACAUUGCCUCGGGUUUUCAUCGGCGGAAGGUACAUUGGAGGGGCAGAAGAAGUGAUGGAACUGCAUGAAACCGGUGAAUUGCAAAAAGUAUUGUCAGGUUUGCCGGCGGUGGCUCCCGGAAUUUGUGAAAUUUGUGGUGGAUUUAGAUUUGUAUUGUGUAAUGAAUGCAAUGGAAGCCAUAAGUGUCACAUAGAAGAUGGUGGUUUUAGGACAUGUAUCAUGUGCAAUGAAAAUGGUCUCAUAAGGUGCCCUACCUGUUUAAGCAGUUAA